UUGUCGUCGUCUUCUCCAGUCCCAGCGUUGCUUGGGAAAACCUCGGUGCGCCGGGGGAGAGCUGCUUCCCAACCCAUGAAGCCUGAGAGCUGGAGAGCCAGGCAGGCGCCCCAACCCGCAUCUGGCAAACACGUCGGAAGGCGAUCGUUUUGCCCGGCAGGCAGAGAAGACUUUGGAGAGUUGGGAGGUGGACCCAGCUCAGGGAAGCAGGAUCCUUCCAGCGCCGCUCCUGCCCACCAGCCUCCUUCGUUUUGCUCCCUUGGAAGAACCAUGGAAGAAAAAACUCCCGCACCUGUUGUGCCUUCUGUCAGGAGUCUCCUGGCAUUGCCCACGACAUGAUGCCUCCAUUGCCACACCUUCAUUUGGAAGCUCCAGAUGUCCUUCUGGCAUGGACGUUGUUCUCAUUCCACACUUUGGUUUCCAGGCUGAGGAAAGAAACACUUUCCUAGAUUUCUGGGGUGUCUGCUUUUCCCCUGCCUGAUCAUGGACCUGGAGGAAGGAGCUCCUGUUGGCCUGGCCCUCAACUCCAGUCUGGCCCCCACCAGGAACAUCGAGAUCCUGUGUCCAGUCAACACCGACUUCACCCAGUGGUUCCUGCCUGCUUUUUACCUGGUGGUGUCCCUGAUGGGGCUUUUGGGGAAUGGAGUGGGCUUGUGGAACUUGUGCGCCACUUCGCGGAAGAGUGGCUGGAACGCCCUGGGGGUGCUGGUGGGCAACUUAGGGGUGGCCGACUUGCUGUACGUGGUGACCCUGCCCUUCCUGGUGUCCUACUAUCUCCAGGGCCGCGUGUGGGUCUUUGGCCCAGGCUGGUGCAGGCUCACCAGGCUUCUUUUCCACCUCAACCUCUAUGCCAGCAUUGGCUUUCUGACCUGUAUCAGUGUCCACCGUUACUUGGGCAUCGUCCAUCCGCUGAAGAUGCUGGGCAGGUGCCAGACACUCAGUCCUUCUGUUUCCCUCAGUGUCUUGGUUUGGGUUUGGGUUAUCAUCCAGUUGGCUCCUGACUUCAGCUUCAGCAAAAUGGACCGGGCUGGUGUAAGGUGCCAUGACACGACGCACCAUGAGAACCUAGACACGUACUUGCCAUAUAUCCUGACCAUCACCAUGACCGGAUUUGCCAUCCCUUUCCUUAUCAUCACCGGAUGCUAUUGUCAUGUGGUGGUGGUCCUUCGGAAAAACCAAAAUGUGGACCCCAUCCUCAAGCGUAGGAGCAUCACUUUGGUGGUGCUGGUCCUGGUGCUUUUCUCUGUGUGUUUCCUCCCCUAUCAUAUCUUUCGGAACCUAAACUUGCAGUCCCGCAGGUGGCAACUCCAGGGCUCCUGCUCUCAGACGUUAAGGAACAUUUAUGUCUCCUACCAAGUCACCCGAGGCUUGGCCAGCCUCAAUAGUGCCCUGAAUCCUCUGCUGUAUCUGAUGACCAGUGAGGAACUUGUGGUGCGAUUGACGGCUUUUGGGCAUACCAUUGGAUGGGCCUUGAGGUUUCUUUGGCCAAACCAAGCCCAACGGCACUUGCGUCAAAAGAAAUUAAGCAUUAUGGUUGAUGAGGAAUGUGAGGAAGUGUCAAAUGGUCUUUGAGUUGAUUGCUUCUUUUUCUUUUCCAGCUGUGUGUUUGUAUGGGCCUCCCAAGUCACUUGUUGAUAUCUACUGACCCCAUUAAUUUCAAAGGGUUUUCUUGGGUAAGGAAUAUUCUGUUUUCCUCUGAAAUAUAGCACAUGGUAUUCCUUGGUGGUCCCCCCCAUUCAACCAGGCUUGACCCUAUUUCCCUUCCAAAAUCAGAUGGGAUCUCAUGCCUUCAUGGUAUUUAGCAUACUCUUCUAAUGGAUAUCCAUCUGCUCCCCUUAUAUUUGUAAUAUUUUAUUUCUCUCGGAAAUUGGCAAAGUUACUUUUGGGGAAUACAGUUCUCAGAAUUCACCUAGCCAGAAUACUUAUUAAGGGACUAUGGGUGUUGUCAACCAAUAAAUACUUUUCCAAUUUCUGCUUUCUCUUUGGGUUGAGGCAAAUACUCUUGUUUAAGAAAUCUGGAAAGUGGUGAGAUGGAGUCAUGUUUGCUGACUUGCUGAAGCAUGCCUUUGAAGCACUACAGAAAUGAUCAAAAGCUGUGAAUAGAGACAACAGUGGGCUGAGCAUGAUACUAGUAAAUUGCCUGAAGGGAAGGGCUUAUCAAAACAUUAUACUGCUAAGUCUGAUAACGCUUAACUUUUAUACACUGUAUUUACUCAGUUUGAUAGCCCUGCACCUGUUUAUUCAUGAUGUAUCUUUUCCACAUAUUUGAUAGCCUAACACCUGUUUUUUUUUCAUUGUAAGCCUGUUCAUUGUGACUGGAUUCUUGUACAUUCAAAGUCAAUUGGAUUGUUUCAGUAACCCAGUCCAUAGUAUUACAAAUACAAUAAAUAGAUACAUGUAAUGUCA